CCUACAGCUAGUGCAAUCGUAUGAAGACUAUGAAUAUUUUAAAGAUGGAGACAUUAUCAUUGGAGGAGUGAUAACUGUGGGGGAAUAUGCGAUCGAUUAUACAUUUAAAGAGCGUCCUAUGAUUCUAUGUAUGGGGUAAGUCAGCUACAAAAAAAAAAGUACUAGACAAAAUAUUGUUUCUAUGCAGGUGCUUACUAAAUUAUGCAUUGCAGCAAUGUGAGAACAGAAUAGUCAAAACAAAAUACUUAAAUUUGAGAACAGUUUCCAAUCAAGCUGUAUUACUCUAAACUUGUAUAUCAGCAUUCCGCCCAUGGUUUAGUAAAUAAACCUCACACUGGUAUUAGUUUAAAGCAGAGAUUAUUAAGCUAAAAAAACAGAAUCCAAGGCUAUGAAAGUAUAACUUUAAUAUAAAACAAACCUAAAAGGGACAAAUCUUAAUCCGGUAUUUAAAAUGUGAAUAAUGAACAAAUAACCCCAGUAGGUUAAUAAAUGUAAAAUAUGCAGUGUAUGAUAAAAUACUUUAUUAGAUUACUACUAGUAAGGGAAAUCAUUGGUUGUUAAUAUCACAUAUUGCUUUCCUUCCAACCUAGUGUUUGUAAAUUAUUCUUUUGAAGCAAUGUAAUAAAUGGUAAAACUGCAGAUUUAUAUUUGAACUUUGAUAUAUAUUAUAUAUAUUUUUUGGCAACAUUUUGUCUUAUUUGUUGUAUUAUUUAAAUCUCUAAAUCCCUAAAUGUGUGUAAAUAUAUAUAUAUACACAAAAAAAGUGGGUAUCUUGGCACUCACCCUUUCCAGAUAACAAUACAUUUUCUGCUUGGAUGCAAUCCCACGUUGAAAGGAUAUAUAAACAAAAUAAAGAGAUGCACUCUCAGGGUUUGUAAAAUGAAAAAGAGGAUUUAUUCCAAUAGGUAUUUACAUUAAAAAAAAAAAAAUUACAUUUUGACCCUUGAGAAAGGUCAUUUUUUUUUAAUGUAAAUACCUAUUGGAAUAAAUCCUCUUUUAUCAUUUUACAAGCCCUGAGAGUGCAUCUCUUUAUUUUGUUUAAUAUAUAUAUAUAUAUAUAUAUAUAUAUAUAUAUAUAUAUAUAUAUACAUACAUACACACACAAAAAAAGUCUUGCACUCCACUUACUGGUGUCUCUGCCCGAUGCUUAUCGACAUAGUAAAAAAAAGUUGAUAAGCACCGGGCAGAGUGCACCCUAAAGCACAAACACACGCCGUGUGUAUAUGUAUGUGUGUAUAUAUACAUAUAUACACACACACAUAUAUGCACACACACACAUACAUACACUGGUGUGUGUGUGUGUGUGUGUGUUUCAAUUUCAAAUCUCACAGGAUGUAAUAGUUUAUUUUAAAAACACCUCACCUAGGCAAAAAAUAAUUUGGGUUUUCCUACAGUAUAUGAUCAUACAUUGCAUAAGCCUGCCACAACGUCAAUGUACCCCAUUUUUGGCAGGACGUACUCUAACAACCUAAUGCUUGCUCUGUGUGAAUUGGCCCCAGCAGCAUCUAUAAUGUAUGCAUGUUCAGGUGAGUGCACUGCACAUACAUACAUACAUACAUACAUUUAAUGAUUUAUUUGAGCAGGGCCUUCCUCAUCUCUUGCUUCUGUAAAUGUUUGCAUGUCAUUUACCUGUUGUCAAAUAUCCCCUAAAUUAUUCACUCUUUAUUUACUGUUAAAAUUCUAAUAGUAUUAGAGUUCUGGGUACAAGGUUUUCCAAGGUAUUUCACUAAAGUAAGAAUUGGAGAACUGUCAGAAAUUCAAAGCAAAUUCACAGUCGACUUGCUUAUGGUGGAAACAUUUGAUUCAACUGAAUCAUUUCAUCCGGGAAAAAAAAAAAAAUGUGCUUAGUCCAUGCGGCUUUUCAGUUCAGACCAAAUUUCUUGACCAAAUUUCUUCCAUGCGAACAAUUUGGACAAAGCAAAAGGGCAUGAGAAUUCACCUAUCAGGGUACUGCAAAUUAGAUUCAUAAUAUGUAUAUGAAUUUAUAUAUUGCAUUUCUCAUUUAUUUUUAGCAUUUAAAUUUGGUUCACAUUCGGUUUUCAAAUAUUCUGUUUCUUUUGAGCAUUUGGUUCCGAAUUUUAAUUGUUCUGUUUGGCUGAUCACUUAUAUUUUUCUUUAGUUAUUUGAUUUAGUGCAUGUCUACUAACCAUUAACCCCUUAAGGACCAGCAUGUUUUUGCGAUGUUGUAUGUUAACAACCAGGGCUCUUUUAACACUUUUGUGGUGUUUGUGUUUAGCUCUAAUUUUCCUCUCUCUCAUUUACUGUUCCCAUACAAAUCAUAUAUUGUUUUUUUCAGGACAAAAAGGGCUUUCUUUAUAUACCAUUAUUUGUAUCAUGUCAUAUAAUUUACUUUAAAAAAAAAAUAUGGUGAAAAAUUGAAAAAAAACAUGUUUUUUUUUAACUUUUGAUUGAAAAAUAUUGUACUUACCUACGAAAGCUAAUGUAAAAAACUGCUGAAUAGAUUAAAAAUGUUGCCCUGAGUUUAAAAACACCCAGUGUUUACAUGCUUUUUUGCUUUUGUUUUGCAAGUUAUAGGGCUAUAAAUAUAAGUAGUAAAUUGCUGUUUCAAAAUAUAUAUUUUUAAAAUGUAUCAAUAGUGACACUGUAACACUAUUAUCUGUCAUAAAUCUCUGAAUCACACACGUACAUAUUUUUACGUACAUAUUUUUUUUAAAGUACACAACCCAGGGUAAUUAAUAUGGGGUAUGUCCAGUCUUUUUUAGUAGCCACUUAGUCACAAACACUGGCCAAAGAUAGCAUUCAUAUUUGUUUGUGUGUGAAAAAAGUAAAAAACUAAAUUUAACGCCAAUUUUGGCCAGUGUUUGAAAAAAAAGUCUGGACAUACCCUAUUUCCAAUACCUUGGGUUGUCUUCUUUUGCAAAUGGUAUGCCAUCAUGGGGGUAAUUCUCAUUCCUGGGCUACCAUACGCUCUCAAAGGCAACGUAACCAACCUGCCAAUUUUCAAUUUAAAAAUAUUUGACUGUUAUAUUUGACCCUGUAACUUUCAAAAACGCUAUAAAAUCUGUACAUGGGGGGUACUGCUAUACUCAGGAGACUUUGCUGAACACAAAUAUUAGUGUUUCAAAACCGUAAAACGUAUCACAACAAUUAUAUCAUCAGUAAAAGUGCUGUUUGUGUGUGAAAAAUGCAAUAAAAGUCACUUUCACUGACAAUAUCAUCGCUGUGUUAUGUUUUACUGUUUUGAAUCACUAAUAUUUGUGUUUAGCGAUGUCUCCCGAGUAAAACAGUACCCCAGUAUCCCCCAUUUACAGGUUUUAGGGUGUCAUAGAAAGUUACAGGGUAAAAUACAGUGCUAGCAAAUUAAAUUCUCUGGACUUUUUGCCUGGGUUGUCAGGCAGGUCCCUCAAAUUGAAAUAAAUAAAAAUACUAAAAAAUAAGUAUUACAUAAAUAUUUAUAUAUUUGAAGUCUAGGUGUAUAUUUAUAUAAUUAUUUAUGUAAUUUUGUAUAUGGACAUAUGUAUAUUUCGUAUUAAAAUUUAUUUAUAUGUACGUAGAUAUAUAUACAAUUUCAUUCUAAGUGUAUUUUGCUAUAAAUAUAUAUAUAUUGAUAUCAAAAUACAGUUAGAAUAACAUUUCAUAUAGAUAUAUAAUUUUUAAAACAUUAUUAUUAUUUUUACAUAUUUUUAUUUAAUUUAACUUAUUUGUAUUUUAUAAUAAUAUAUAUAUAUACACACACACACACGUGUAAUUUAAUUAUAAGUGUAUUUUUAUAUUAAUAUACACUUAUUAUGACAUAUAUACACACACAUAUAUAUAUAUUAAACGUAUAUGGUCUUGAGAAAAGUCCCUGGUGGACUGAAACGUUGACACCAUUUACUGGAAAUUUGAUGCUUUGAAUAAACAGCACGAUUUGAAAUAAUCCUGUGAGUGCACUUCAAACAAGGAUUUAUAUUUUUUUAUUAACAUUAACCUUUAUUUUUAUUUUUUAUUUUACACUUGCAGGGAGACUGCCUGUCAGCACAGAGAGUCCCCCUGCAGGCAGACAAUAGGACACCUAUUGUGGCCAUGUGAUCACUCUGUUGAGCGAUCACAUGGGCCCCAGGGUAUUAAUUCACCAUGGGGAGACUGCCUGGGCUGCAGUCAGUCUCCCCACAAUGGGAGCACCGCCGAUUGCCGCGGGGAACGACAGCGAUCGGGUAAGUACAUAAUACCGUUGUGACGGUUCAGGACCGCCAGCGGUCGGCAACGCUAAAAUGCCGAUGACUGUCCUGAAGGGUCUGCGGUCGUUAAGGGGUUGAUCAUCUAUUUUUGGAAUGCCAUGGGCAGACUCUGAAUCACAAAACGGCUUCAUUGUGCUAAAAUUUGUACGAAUCACGACUUAAAACCAAAUGAAGAUUUUUUCCAGUUUGCUAUGAAUUCCUGACAUUUUUCAUUUUAGUGAAUUACUCUGUUAAUGUAGUUGCACCAACAACUGUUAAGAUUUGUCUGUGCUACUAUGUAGCAGUGCUUUACAAUUAGGGGAUAUUUGGUAACAAGUAAAUGACAUGCAAAUAUUUAGAGAAACAAAAGGUGAGAAGUGAUAGUGGCUUUUUUUACUGAGUCGUCCAAUAUACUAGUGCUCCUCAACUCUCUCCUCAACAGUGCAGGAUUUAGCGAUUACCUAAAGGUGCUUAAAAAAAAAACCCCACUAAAAACACCUUAUUAUUAUAUAUUAUACAUACAUAUACAACACAUGGGGAAACACAUAUAAAGAACAUAUAGAAUAAUAAUAAUAAUAAUAAUAAUAAAUGUAAAAGAUUAUUUGGUAAAUUAUUUUAAAUAAACAAAAAAAAAUCCCAAAUAAAAUGUUAAUCUUUGUUUUCAAUAACCCCUUCACACCAGCGCUUAUGUAUACAUGACUUCCACGCUAUGUAACCAUACCCUGCAAUUGUGUAUAAAUGAUCAUAAUUGCAAGUUAAAUGUGUUUAUUGCAAAUGAAUUUAGUUUACAAAUUAUGCCAUAACUACAGUCAGAGAGCUCACAAUGCAGUGGUCCAGCUACAAUGCAAACCUCUAUAUAAUGUGUAUUGCUUUUAGACCUGAGGAAGAGAGGUAAACUCUUGAAAGAUUGUCUUUUAAAUAUGUUAGUUCAAUAAAAAAAUUAAUAAUAUAUAUAUAUAUAUAUAUAUAUAUAUAUAUAUAUAUAUAUAUAUAUAUAUAUAUAUACACACACACACACACACACACACAAACACACACACAGGGUUUGCACUACCAUAAGAUGGCACAGAGGGCCACCUUAGGGUGCAGCAGCCGUAGGGAUGCAGAGCUGGGUGACUGGCAAGAAGAGAGCAUGCAGCACUGCACUCCUGUCCUGCCAGACCGGGGAGAGGAAAACAAACUCCUCUACCCUGGUACGUGGCUCGGUCAGGCUACACAGGAGGGAGCUAACCGGACACUGAUUGGGAGAGGGGAAAAUGGACCCCAUAAGGGGGUGUGGGGGAACAAGACACAUGAGGGGGCUGGGGGAACAAGACACAUGAGGGGGCUGGGGCAAUCAGACACAGAGGGUCUGGGAAGGGGCUGGUGCAAUGAGACACAAGAGGGGGCAGGGGCAAAGAGACACAAGAGUGGGCUGGGGCAAAAAGACACAAGAGGGGGCUGGGACAAAAAGACACAAGGAGUCUGGGGGAAGGAGACUUAUAGAGUGUUUAGGAAGGGGAGAAAGAGGCACACAAAGGGACUGUGGUAUAAAGAGACAUACAACAGGGCACACAAAGGGGAGGUGUAAGAGACAAAAUGGGAUAAAUGGGAGGAAAAUAUAUACUAAAGGGGAGUGUAAAACAAAAGGGAGAUAAGAUACACUAAGGGGGGGGUAAGACAUUAAAAAAAAAAGAGGAUAAGAAACACAACACAGGGUAAGAAAUUAAAGAGGGGGUUUAAGGGAUACACAAAUGAAGAUGCAAUUUUGGGUGGGGACACGGGGUCGGCAAAAUGCAUCUUGGUAAAUGUUGGUAAUAUCACAUUUUACCAUGUGUUAAGAGGAUACAAGAGACAAUCAUCUUGGAAGAAUUGAACACACUGUGCACCAAUACAAUGUUAAUGCAUUUGAUACAGUUUAUCCAUAUUGUUAUGCUGUAGUUUUUGCAUGCUCAAGUCUUUAUAUAUUUUGCAUAAUAAAAAUAUUUUGCAGAAUGCUGCACCAUAAGCCUGCCUCUUUACCCACACCCCCUCACUUUUGAAAAAGACUUCCUUAUGAAAUGUAUGCACAUAGGUGAGACACUGAUCUGGACUACAAAACAACCUGUAUUAGAAGGAGAGGACAGCGAGGGAGACAUACUAAGGCUAUCACUACCUGUUUGUAGUUUCUGUGACCAUCUGCAGCUAGGCAGUGGCGUACCUGGAGCAUUUGACACCCAGUGCGGAUCCUAUAUUUGGCACACCCCCAUCCGCCUCCCAACUUUAAUGUAAAAAACACCCACUAAUUUUUAAAUGUAUUUAGCACUGAGCAGUGUUUGUGUGUUUGAAUGUAAGCAUGUUUUUGUAUAGAGUAUGUGUGAGUGAAUGUACGGGUGUGUUUGCAUGUAUUGGCAUCUGAAUGCAAGCGUGCAUUUUUCUGUAGUUUGGUUUUUGAAUAUGGUGGUGUGUUUUUAUGUAGUGUUGACAUUUGGAUGCAGGGUUGUAUUUGUGUGUAGUGUAGAUGAAAUGCUGAGAUGUAUGCACAUAUACACACUCACAUAUACACACACACACACACACACACACACACACACACAGACACAUAGAAACACAGAUACAGACAAAUAGACACAGACACAAACACAUAUAUAGAUACAAACACACAUAUACAGACACACAGACACAAACAUACAUAGAGAUACACAGACACACAAACAGAUACACAUACACACACUAACACAUACACAGACACACUUGUAUGAGUGUCUGUGUGUGUGUAGUGGAUGCAGUGUAUGUUUGUGUAUUUCUGCAUUCAUUCUAUGUAGUGUGUACAUAGUUUAUGCGUGUGUAUAGUGUAUGCAGUGUAUGUCUGUGUGUUGUGUGGGAUAAGUGCUGGGAAGUGUGUAUUGUUUGGGUACACCCCCCUCCCGACUCUUACCUGCCUGCCCCCCCUCCCCUGUCCCUGACUUUUACCAUUGUCCAGUGAGGGGGAACACACUAUGUUCCCUGGUGGUCCGGUGGUCCGGUGGCACAGCAUAGUUGGCCCGUGAAGAGUGGCACAGGACUCUCCACCUUUGAUCCACUUCUAGCAGCAGCAGGUUCACUGUUCUCGCGAUCCGCGAGAGAGUUCUACGGCAACCCGCGGCAAAGAUAUCAUGUAUUGGGAGAACAGAGGACCUGCUGCUGCUGGAUGUGAAAUGAGCGUGGAGACUCUUGUACGCGGCCCAGUCCCUUUACAUAGUACACAGUAGCGGUAAAAUUCCACCCCUGUGAAAGAGUGCCCCGGGCACCCCCUAGUGAGUGGCACCCAGGGCGGACCGCCCCCUCCGUCCACCUCUUAGUAUGCCACUACUGGGCCCCUCAUGCCUCCAUAAAUAUAGUAAAAAUCUUGCUAUAUUCAAGCCAGAAGCUGUAACUCUGCAUGCUGUUUGCCAAAAAAAAACAAAAAACAGUCUGCUGCCAUCAUCAGAAGUUGUAGCCUGAUCCAAUCACAGUGCUUCCCCAUAGGAUUGGCUGAGACUGACAAGGAGGCAGAUCAGGGGCAGAGCCAACAUGAUUCAAACACAGCCCUGGCCAAUCAGCAUCUCCUCAUAGAGAUGAACUGAAUCAAUGAAUCUCUAUGAGGAAAGUUCAGUGUCUGCAUUCAGAGAGAGGAGACACAGUGCUGCCCUAUGCUCUGCUGACAGCGGGUCUCAGUGGAUUGAGGAGUUUUAUGCCUCAAUUAACUCGGAAGUCCCUCUGGUGGCAUUCUGAGUGACUGCAACUGGAGGUGUUCCUAGCUUUCAAUGUAAACACUGUAUUUUCUCAGAAAAUACAGUGUUUACAUGAGAAAGGCUGCAGGGAGCUAUAGUUCUCACCUGAACAACCUCAUUAAGCUGAAGUUGUUCAUGUGACUAUAGUGUCCCUUUAAUUACUUCCUAGCUUACCUCCAAAUCUACAUUGUAUCAGACAGUAGGGGGAUUAUAAAGAAUUUAUCAAUAUGCACAUUGAGUUUGUGAACAAUGUCUAUUAUGCUAUAUGUGAAUGUAUUGAAGUGCGUUAACCAGUCUAGCACAUGUCUGGGAAGAGUUACCAAGUUCUAUGUAUUUAUGCAAGGGAUUGCAAGGAAUAUUGUGAUAAACAUUGCCAUUAUAAAUUUGAUUUAAAAAAAAAUGUCUUAAAAAGCAUUGAUCUUUCAAUGAGGGACAAGAGUUGCUUAAACAUCUGAAGAAGUUGAACAGAUGGAAAUUGAAUUAAUAUUCUUAUUUAUGAGUGCCUCAAGUGGAGUGUCGAUUUUUUCCCAAAAUUUCUGUGAAAAUCCUGCCACUCAAAAAAAAAUAAUUAAAUAAAAAUAAAUAAAUAAUUUUAAAUACCAAUUGCAUGCUGUAUAUUGGAUUGUUAACAAAGAGCAAUAGAACAUUUGAAAAAGCUGUAGCUUUGAGACAGAAUCCUCCUAUUACAACAUACUUUGGAAUAAUCAGCAUUUGUAUCUUAGACUUGGAGUUUCUACCCUGAAGUUAUAACAAUUCUGUUGACUUUAAUUUUACAGGCAAUCUAUAAUAAAUUAUUAUCACUUGCUCAAUUUUAUGUUUGGCAUUGGAAAGAUUAACUUAAAUCCAUCGAUUUUACCAAAUAUCACACUGGGAUACCAUUUAUAUGAUUCAUGUAAAGACCCAAGGAAAGCUGUGAAAAGUGUUCUACAGAUUCUAUCUGGACCAAGGAGGACUGUUCCUAAUUAUUACUGUAUAAAUGGAAGAAGCAAGUUGGCUGGUAUCAUUGGUGAUUACCAUUCAAUUACAACCAUGCCCAUAGCACAGAUCUUGGGGGUGUUUGGAUAUUCACAG